AUGUCUUCAUGCUUCACGGGGGAGCCGUUUUGGAUGGAGACUAUCGAACACACAGGAAUUUCUCCCUUCCUCGACGACCCAUCAUAUGCAGUGUUCCGCGAUGUGAAGGAUUUUGGGGCUAAGGGAGACGGCAUUACGGAUGAUACAGAGGCUAUUCAGAAGGCAAUUGAUGAUGGAGGACGUUGUUUCACCGGCUGUGGUCCCGGUGACCCGCCUGCAAAGACAGUCAAACCUGCCUUGAUCUAUUUCCCGUCUGGGAAAUACAAGAUCUCAAAGAGCAUCAACAUGUACAUCUUCACUCAGCUUGUGGGUAACCCGCUCGAUCGUCCCAUAAUCAGCGCAGCGGCUGGAUUCGACGACUUAUACCUCAUCAACGGAUUCCCAUCACCGCCCGUCUCACCUUUCCCGACGACCAUAAACCUGUAUCUGCAGGUGCGCAACUUCAUCUUUGACACCACUGCCGUCGAUGUUCAGUCGUCUGUAGCGUGCAUAAACUGGCCAUCAGCACAAGCAGUCACUUUCAGCUUCAACCACCUCCAGCUAGCCAAGAACAGCAUGCACCAGGGUAUUGUCUUCAACGGAACUACCGGUGGAGGCGGCGGAUCUGCCACAUUCAUGGGCGAUCUAUCCAUAUCUGGCGGAGAUGUUGGGAUACGACUCAACAACCAGCAAUAUGCCAUGCGUGGUAUUACGUUCGAUAACGUCAAGACGGGCAUUUUGAUAGAUCAUGUUUUCACCUUAUCUCUCCAGGGGAUGAAGUUCCAGAACUGCGAGGUGGGCGUCAACUUCACCGCGCCGGGAACAAAUUCCGUUGGAUCGCUUAUCCUUCUCGACUCUGAAGCUGCUUCUACAAAGAAUGUCAUCAUUUCACAACAUACAAAAAAUGCAGACGGCUCCAUUAUCAUCGAGAACCUCAAGCUAAAGAAAGUGGACCAUACAGUGGCUGAUCGAGAUGGCAAAUCCAUCCUGGCCGGCUCAGGGCACUCACCCAAAAUCGAGUCAUUUAUUCAAGGCAAUGUCUACAAGGACCUCACAAAUGGUACCUAUAUGGAAACCAGCGGCAAGCUGUCUCGUUCCCAAACAUUGACGGACAGAAGUGGUGCCUACUUCACUAAGUCUCGGCCCCAAUACGAAGACUAUAGUUCUCGUUGCUUUUCCAGCGUACGAGACUUCGGCGCUACUGGGGAUGGCAAAACAGAUGCGACCGAUGCCAUCAACGCGGCUCUGAAAGCCAACGCAAACAAAAGAAUUACCUACUUCCCUGCGGGAAAUUAUCGGGUCGCGGGCACUAUUGAAGUCCCUGCGGGAUCCCGAAUCGUGGGCGAGGCAUGGUCGACACUUAGUGCAAUCGGUGAUUAUUUCAAAGAUGAGGAAAACCCACAGGUCAUGUUCAAGAUGGGAAAGCCCGGAACUAAUGGAGUUAUCGAAGUGAGCGACUUGGCCUUUGACGUAGCCGACGUCUUGCCUGGUGCUAUUCUUGUGGAAAGCAACAUUGCUGGAGCCAAGGCUGGCGACGUUGGUCUCUGGGACACUCACUUCCGCGCUGGGGGAACCAUCGGCUCAGCCGUCGAGACCAAGUGUGCCUCAUAUCCCACUACAGACAUUCCCGGGUGUAAGGCGGCAUUCAUGUUCAUGCAUCUCAAGCCGGAAAGCUCGACAUACAUGGAGAGCGUCUGGGGGUGGUCGGUUAACCGAGAUCUUGAUGGCCUCAGUGGUGCCACCAACGGCACAAGCCAAUCCGUCGCCGUUGGAAGAGGCCUACUCGUCGAGUCCAAACGUGGAACAUGGCUCGUCGGUACUGCCUUUGAGCAUUUCGUGCUGUACCAAUACCAGAUGCUGAAUGCUGAAAAUGUUUUCGCUUUGAUGUCGCAGACAGAAACUGUGUACUGGCAACCUGCUCCCGCAGCCCCGGCUCCUUGGACGCCCAACCCCAAGUACAAUGAUCCCGACUAUUCUAACUGCGAUCCUUCAUCUCCGCAAUGUUUCAUGGGUUGGUCUUUGCGAGUUGUUGGGGGUCGUGACAUGACGUUUUACGGACUGGGAUUCUGGCAGUUUUUCAAUGGCCUGAACGGCGUCGAAGGCCCAUAUGCCCAGGACAACAUUGUCUCCAUUGAAGAUGAGCCCAAGUCUCUGAGGAUCUACAACCUUGGAACCCACUUGGUGCGCAACAUGGUGACUGUGGAUAAGAAGACGACAGCUCUCAGCGAAGAUAAUGCGGGUGGUUGGGGCGGGCUCAUCGCUGCCUAUCUUCCCUUCGCGUAA